AUGUUCAAGCCAUCGAUGCUACUGGGCCUGGCCCUCAUCCUGGCUCCAGGAUCCCUGAUCCAGGCCAAGUCCCUGUGCCGCCAGAGCGGCUACUUUGCCUUAGUGGAUAACACGGCGGACUUUUACGCCUGCCAGGCCACCGGUGUCGCCGGUGACUUCUCCCUGCGCUUCCUGCGCUGCCCUGCCGGUCUGGUCUUCAGCUCCUCGGUGGCCCACUGCGUACCGUCGAUCGCCGCGUUCGAGGCUCGCGAGGAUAGCAACAUCGAGAACCCCACCAUUCCACCCAGCGUGGAUGAGAGUACCACGAUCGCCACAACAGCCGCUAGUGAUGCUCCGUCAACCACUGUGAAGCCAGCGACAGAGGCUACGGAAGCCACUGAGAAACCAGCCACCGUAGCUGCGGAAACCACAACCGUAUCCGACGAGCUUACAACCGACGAGCCGGCAACUAAGGUGCCGGUAACUGAUGAGCCGGUAACGGAUGAGCCGGUAACCGAUGAGCCUGUUACCGAUAAGCCCGCUACCGAUGAGCCUGUAACCGAUGAGCCUGUAACCGAUGAGCCUGUUACCGAUAAGCCCGCUACCGAUGAGCCGGUAACCGAUGAGCCGGUAACCGAUGAGCCCGUAACCGAUGAAACCGUAACCGAUGAGCCCGUGACCGAUAAGCCGGCCACCGAUGAGCCCGUAACCGAUGAGCCCAUUACCAAAACCACCGAUGCCGGCGAUGUGACGAAGACCACCAGCAGUGAUGUCUCGUCGACCACUGCCGAGGACAAUGUGUGCGCCACCACCGGAUUCUUCCCGACGGACGGAAGCUGCACGGACUUCGUCAUCUGCAGCUACGGCAACGGCACCGAGCUGAAGCCCUAUGUCCGCAAGUGUCCCAAUGAGAUGCAGUUCGAUCCCCUCGGGUGCAUCUGCUCCAAGGACUACGACUGCACCAAGGCCUAA